UUGCUCUAAUUGCAAACUGUCUAGAUGAGAUCCCACCCGUGCAUUGUAAAAUCACUACAAAGUGUAAUUGGACUUUCACACUCCAACCUCCAGGGAUGCCAAGGAGCAGAAGCGCUUCUCCAGGCCUCAGUAAACGUGAGAUAACUGUCUCAAGCAGCAGGCACUGGCAGAGCAAGGCUGACCCUUUUGGUGUCGUAGCUGCCUCCUUGGUGAGCCAACUGCCUGACCAGCAGAAGACGAGCGAGUCACCUCUCAGCUGGUUCAGAGGAGUGUAUCUACCUCCCGCACUGCACUCUUUAAACAAGACAUUGGUCAAGGGCGGCAAGUGGAAGGACAUAGGCAGCACCCAGGAAAAGCGCAGGUCCUUCCUGCAUGACUUCUGUAAGAAGUACAACGGCAUAAAGAAGCUGCAAACCCACCUGGUGCACCUGGUGUCAAGAAUUUAUGUGGAGGACAGGCACAAGGUCCUGUACUGUGAAGUGCCGAAAGCAGGCUGCUCCAACUGGAAAAGGGUCCUCAUGGUGCUCAAUGGACUUGCUACUUCAGCACACAACAUUUCCCAUGAUGAUGUGCACUAUGGAAAGCAUCUAAGGAAAUUGGACAGCUAUGAUCUAAAAGGGAUAUACACACGCUUGGACACGUACACCAAGUUUAUAUUUGUACGUGACCCUAUGGAAAGACUGGUAUCUGCCUUCAGGGAUAAGUUUGAACAUCCAAACAGCUAUUACCAUCCAGUAUUUGGGAAAGCAAUAAUUAGGAAAUACAGACAUAAUGCAGAUGAAGAGGCAUUGAAAACAGGAUCAGGAGUGAAGUUCAAGGAGUUUAUCCAGUAUCUGUUAGAUUCCCAUCGACCUGUUGGAAUGGACAUUCAUUGGGAGCAAGUCACUAAGCUCUGCUUUCCCUGCCUCAUCAACUAUGAUUUUAUUGGAAAGUUUGAAACCCUGGAAGAAGAUGCUAACUACUUUUUGCAGCUGGUAGGUGCCCCAGCCGAUCUGAAGUUUCCUAAAUUCAAAGACAGACAUUCCUCUGAUGAGAGAACAAGUGCAGAAGUAGUGAGGCAAUACUUAAAGGAAUUGUCUAAGAAGGAGAGACAGCUGACCUACGACUUCUAUUACUCGGAUUACUUAAUGUUCAAUUAUACAUCACCAGUUGUAUAA